CCAGGAUUUCUCUGUGGAUUGAUACUUGUAAAAACGGCAGACAUAAUGAGUCGUGCGUUCUUUACUCUGUUAAUGGCCAGCAUAGUGGCGAUGGUGGCCCCUGAUAUGUUAAUAAACCCUGACUUUGAGAAUGGAAUUAACGGCUGGCAUAGUGACGGAUUUACAAUGAGCACCGAUAAUACUCAUGUUAAACAUGGCGUGGCGUCUGUGAAAUGUUCGGGAAGAACCAAAAAAGAUCAAGGGCCGUCUCAGUUUGUGACCCUCAAGCCAGGGGGGAGGUACACCUUUAAUGGAUUCAUCAAGCUGGCCAAUGACCACGGCUAUCAAGAUGUACAUGUUACAGUCGAGCUACGACACAGCAGUGGACCCAAUGAGUACAUCAGGGUAUCCAACCACGAACACAUGAGUGCCGCCGAUGAUUGGGUGCACGUAGGAGGCAAUUUUAUUGUACCCAACAACCAUGCAAUAUCUCAAGCCCGAGUGUAUGUUGAAGGACCACUGCCUAGCGUAGAUUUUUACUUUGACAACGCCGCUAUGUCCGAACUAGUGGUCGACCCAAACUGGAAAACGGAUGCUAAUAGUCGAAUAGAAGCUAACCGUAAAAGCAACAUUCAUUUAAACUUUCACGUCGCCUCCAACUUCAAUGUUAAUGACUUGAAAGUGAAAAUUGAUCUUACCAAACAUUUGUUUGGGUUUGGAACUCUGAUACGAUCGGACUACAUGAUUGGCUCUAGCCAUCAACACUAUAAGGAUGUGCUCUCUUACAUGUUUAAUUGGGCAGUUGUACAAGAUUACAAGUGGAAGUUCAACAAUGGCACUCUAACGCAUCCUGAUUACACAAGGGCAGUAGCGGCAACAGAGGAGCUUCACAGACUUGGAUUGAAUGUUCGUGGUCACUGCAUGUUCUGGGCCAACCCUGAGAAAGAGCCACCUUCGGUGAGAGCAUUAUCUGGCCAGGAUUUAAAGCACGCAGUGGACGAGCGUAUCCGCUUUAUGACCAGCAUUACCAAAGGGAAGUUGUCUCACUGGGAUGUGUACAAUGAGGAUCUGCACUUCCACAUGUACGAGGAGCACACUGGCGACUACGGCUACAUACAACACAUGUUCAGAACUGUCCACGCCGCUGACCCAACGCCGUUACUGUUUCUGAACGACUAUAACAUCGUUGCCCAGGGCUCCUACACAUUAGCCUAUUUAUCUCAGAUUCAGAAGUUGAAAGCUGCCAAUGUCGGACUAGGAGGCGUAGGAAUACAGAGUCACUAUAAAGAUUUCACGGAACCAGAUUUAACCCUUGUUAAGCAUCGGUUGGAUGUUUUAAACAUCGCUGGCCUGCCAUUGUGGAUCACUGAACUAGAUUUGUCUUCACACGACGAGAACGCAAAGGCAGAUGGGUAUGAGAAUGUGAUCAGACUUUACUUCAGUCACCCAGGGGUUCAUGGUGUUUUACUCUGGGGUUUCUGGGAUGAUUACAUGAACGCAAGCAGAGCCUUGGCCAAUGGGAACUCUAUUACACUCAACAAAGCUGGCCAGAGGUUCGUUCAACUGACCAAACAUGAAUGGAGCACUCACGUUAACCGAUCGCUGUCGACAGGGACAUCUUUUAGCGUGCGUGGUUUCCAAGGAGACUACGACGUAGUUGUCCUGUACCAUGACAAACCCAUCAAGCGGCAGACGUUUACUUUGGGCAAAGGUGACCUCACAGUGGACGUCAACAUAUCUGGAACUGGACAACAAAUUACUGUUCCUGUCCAGAGAUAUCCGUUUUAAAGUGAAAGGAAUGAAUUUUGUAUCAAGAAUUUGAUGACUCAUUAUCAUAAAGGAUGAAAAGAAUGAUGACCAUGUUUGAUGUAAUAAAGGC